CAAACGGCCGAGGCGGCGAAAGAAAAGUGUGAGAUGGAGGGUUGUCGGAAGACGUUUCUCUUCUUUCUCAAAGGGCUCAGCGAGGACACAUUACUUACUUGGUGUUAUUCAGCCGGCACGAACCCGAUCCACAACAAGAAAGCCAAAAAGGCUAAGCAGGAGCUCGACGAGGACGACCUUGCGUUCAAGGCUAAGCAACAAGCUGGUGCGUAUGCGACUUCUUCUUCUUCUUCUUUUCUAGAGGAAACUCGGCUUCGCCGAUAUGCUCGACUACCUUGUACUUCAAGUAGUGAGACAGGGCCGGUGAUCUAUCCGGUGGAUGAUAUUUGCGUGAAGCGCCAAGGAACAAGAACGAGCGAUGCUGACUGA